AUGCUGUGUACAGUCGGAUUGCGCCGGCGCAGCGCACGCUCGUCUGAGAACGAACUAAAGUGUAGAGAACUUUAUCGGGUUUUCGUGUUUAAAGUGAUCAACAUGAUGGUGCCACUAAUAUUCCUGAUAAUUAACGCAGCAACUUCGGUGCACACAGCCAAACAGCAAGUUCAGCUUUCAGACUCCUACCUCCCGGUGGCCAUGCAGAUCAUAGCUCACCUCACGGACCAGAUGGCCUUCGAAGUGGACGAUGUAACUCCAUCAUCCAUAUCCACAACGACAACCACAAAGCCACCAGAACUCACAACACGUCCCCACAAACCAGGAUUCUACGCGCCGUCAUCACCACCAAGCGUCACAGACCGAUUCAACCAUUACUGGCAACGAUUUAUCCUGCUACCACUUGAACAAGCGACUCAGUACACUGUUAUCAGACCGCAAGAGCCCAAGACAGAAGCCUCAUUGCUUUCCAUCCAUCAAGAACAGGUUCAGCCUUUGGUCGAACCAAGACCUCAACACCAAAAUCUUCUGCCGCCAUACGAAGUCAAAAUCUCGAGUAGGUCAGACGGCUUUGUUAUUGAUGAAGACCUGACUGAUGAUAGCUUGCAAUACUUGACUGAUGAUGUGAAGGAACUAAUCAAGAUCGCCCGUAAUCCUGGUGAUGAUAGGGUGGUGGAUGUUUGGGAUGGAUUCAGAUCAGGCCCGGAGCCCAUAUCAGCUAGAGCGAAGCUGUCAUCAUCCAACUUGAGGUUGUUGUUGCUUUAUGAUCUACUGAGCAGGGACGCCAAGAGACAGAGACUCUCAGAUUUCAGUGGUUUCUCCCCGGAAGUCAUGAAGGCGUUAGUGGAAUCUUCAAAUGGGGGAGCACGUGCGCAGUUGAAAAUGGCCCUAUCCAAGAUGGUUGAACGUGGAGACUGCGGUCACGAGUACGCCAACAACAGAGCCAAGGAAAUGGUAACGGAGCUGGAAAAGGAUGAGUCCAAGUUGUCUUCCGAGCUCAGAUACCUUCAGCCCUUGGUUUAUAAAUAUUAGGAACUUACAACUGCUUCACAGGAAUCGCAUAAGAAUGUAAAGUCGCUGAUUUAGUUAAAAA